GAAGUUGAAGCGGGGAGCGAUGGCGGGCGACAGCGGCGCUCAGUCCCUCACAAACCCCACCGAGUCCUACAGGGAGAACCUGAUCGGAACACUGCUGGCGAUCUUCGGGAAUCUCGUCAUCAGCGUCUCUCUGAAUGUGCAGAAAUACAGUCACGUGAAGUUAUCCAGUGCCAAAGAUCCGCGAUCGUACUUUAAGACCAAGACCUGGUGGCUGGGGCUGGCGCUGAUGCUGGUUGGUGAACUGGGUAUCUUCACGUCGUACGCCUUCGCUCCCCUCUCGCUGGUCACUCCGCUCAGCGCUGUGUCGAUCGUAGCCAGUUCAAUAAUAGGAAUUAUAUUCCUCCGAGACAAAUGGAAACCCAAAGAAUUUCUAAAACGCUAUGUGCUCUCACUUCUGGGCUGCGGAUUGACGGUGACCGGGAUCUACCUACUGGUCACGUUUGGACCAAAUGCUCACGAGAAGUUGACGGGCAGUAACCUGGUGCAGCACCUACUGUCGUGGCCGUUCCUCCUGUACUUGCUCCUGGCGAUCAUCUUGUUUUGCCUUCUCUUGUAUUACUACAAAAGGCGGAAGAUGCGGUAUAUAAUUAUCAUUCUGCUACUCGUGGCCCUGCUGGGCUCAGUCACGGUUGUCACGGUGAAGGGGGUGUCUGGGAUGAUCGUGUUGUCUAUUGAGGGGAACCUGCAGCUCUCAUACCCCAUUUUCUACGUGAUGUUCGUGUCCAUGGUAUCAACGGCAGCCUUUCAAGCCAUGUUGUUGGCUGAAGCCUCCCAGUUUCACGACUCGUCUCAAAUCGCCAGCAUCAGCUACAUUGUCUCCACGAUUGUUGCUAUCGCAGUUGGGGCGAUCUUUUACAUGGAGUUCAAAGGGGAGAACGCUCUUCACAUUAGCAUGUUUAUUUUGGGGUGCUGUGCUGCCUUUGUCGGUGUUGCCCUUAUCACUCGAAACAAUAAAAAGAAGGCAUUUGAACCUUACGUAGCGAUCGACGCGAUCCCAGGACUGCAGAGGAUGUUCGACCAGAAGAGAGCAGUGCAGCCUGACAGCGACUGCACCUUCUCCUACGGCACUUUGGUCAACAGCAAGAGUGUGGUCGACACUGAGAACCCGGCCAGGCUGAGCAAAGCCCAGGAGCAGCACAACUCCAUGGUUUCACCAUAUCGGGUCAUUGAGUUAAAAAAGGACUGAGCACCGCAUGUUGUAGGCUCGUUGGUCUGUAGACCUGGGUGGGUGGGUAGGGAGAGAGGAGCCAUGACAUGUUUUCAGGGAGACACCACUAGGGGUAACAGGCAAUGCAAAGGUUACAGGAGCCCCAAUCUGCUCAGGCUCUUUCCCCCCCCCCCCCUUCCCCCACUCAAAGAAUAUUCACACCCACUGCCAGUGGUGGCUGUGCCUUGCUGGACCCCGGAGGAAACUUGGCAGCCCAAGUGGUGGGAUGGGUUGGCUGGUGGCAGCUUAGUUGGGAUGCCUAAUGUUAUGGGGGGUGGGGGGGGGAAUGGGGAGGGGCUUUGAACCCAAUGCAAUUUGGGAACCCCUGCUAUUGCUGACGAGCUAACACUGCUUCUCUAUCUAUCGCAUGUUACCGGGUUUGCUAGAAGCUGGUCUCGUUCUCUCGGAUUUUCUACAGUCGUCAAACUGGUAGCACUCUCACACCCAGGUCAGGAGGAUGUGGGUUCCAUCCCCAACUUGGUGGCUUUGAGCUCAUAGUCUAGGCUUGCCAACACAGUGUAACGCUGGAUGUUCUGAUAAUGUUGGGGUGCCGUCCUUUGGGCGAGACAUUAAUACCGAGGUCCAAACUGGCAGUGGAUAAUAUCCUGCAACACUGUUUGAAAAGAGUGUUUCUCUCUGUGUCUGGUUAACAGUCCUCCAGAUAAACAGUUCGCGUUUGUGGGAUUGUGCUGUACGCAAAAUAGCUGCUGCUUUUACCUACAAAAAACAGUUGCUGCAUUUGACAAUAGUGACUCCAAAGUGCUUUGGGAAGUUUCUUCACAAUUCUUCCUGCUUCUGGUUGAAUGAAGUUACUGAGGAUGUUUCGCACAACCUGGUGUUGCACAGCUGCUACUGCAGGAAGUACAGACCUGUUGCACUGGAUUGUUAGCACACACAAAGCCGGCAGGCCGCAAGUUACUGUGUGUGUGUGUGUGUGUGCGUGUGUCAUGAUAUUUAAUCAGGACCAAGUGACGUACUCUUGUAUCCAUACUUUUUACUACCAUUUCUGUGAACAAAACCAUCUCUGCGUGUGUGUGUCUGUGUGUAUGUGUGUGAUGUGGCUCUGUGUUACUCUUGGCAGACCAACUAAUUCUGAACAAAAACUUCCAACAUGCAAACAAAAUAAAUCUUGUGUUCCAUUUACUCCUGAUUAGCAAACAGUGUGUGUGUUGGUUUGGCACAGACCUGGACCCUGAAAUCCCACCUGCUUGUUGGUUUUAUACUUGGACACGCUUCUUGAAAUUUCGCAGCAUGCAGAAUGUUAGCUAACGCUUAUACUCAGCCUCAAACUUCGAAGCCAGUUUGCUGCAAUUUUCUUUAAAAAAAAAGGCAUUGUUGUGAUUAAGCAAAAUCUGAAAUUUAAAAAGGGUUUUGAAACUGGGCAUAAUUUCAGACUCCAGGUCAGUGUCAAGUGCCCUCAUCCCAGUUGCACACAAUUGCAAAUCUACAGAGUUUGUACCAAGCCAACGUGAUAAUUAUCGCCUGUUUCAGCCACCUUGUGACUUAGCUCGCUGAUGUAGUCAGGCUCUAAUCAGCUGGGCUCAGCUGGGUCUUCGUGCACUUAUGUACAUAAAUGAGUGAAAAACAAAAUUAUUUAUAAUUGUGUUAUAUGAACUGUGUUGACGUGUGUGUUUGCGAGCACCAGGGCAGGUCAUUCACUGUCUCUUGGCCUUUCUAUUUUGCUUUUAUAAACUAAAUUUGAAUGUUUGCGGGUGCCAGUGUACAACUGUAUUUCAGCACCAUACUGUUCAAAUAAAAUGAUUUAGGAGAGAGA